AUGGCUUCCUCGGAGAUCGACCAAAAGUUUCUUGGCAAGCUCGCCCGGCUAGUCGAGAGUGAAAACCCCCUGCUUUCCUCUGUCCUGUUCAAGAUUCUAGGACUUUCGAUAAACCUCUCGAGUCAGCUCAUCACCGCACGAAAACAGCGCCGACAAGACGGAAGCUCAGGAAAUCCUCCAUUAGACCUUCAUCUUCACAUCGUCUGGUUGUCACGGGAGGGGUUACUACUGCUCGAUCAAUAUGUACUGCCAUCGGCAACGCUAAAGAAGAAUGUCGAACUCAAAAUCCUAGCAUACAAGCUGCUAGCUUCAUUCUAUCACAUUAUCGUCUUGUUUCACAACACUCCACCUGUUACGACGAUAGGAACCAACACCCCGGAAGGCCAGUCAACAAGCAGUGUAGCGAAUGCCAGCGACAAGGGGAAAAGGGUAGCAAAAGGCAAUGACACAUACGAUCACGGUGCUUCAAGGUCGAUAUCUGAGGGGGGGCCCGUUGGCCCACCCCCAGGUUUUGGUCCGCAAUCACCAACAGCCUUCCUCAUGAAGCCCGGGGACUACCUACCACUGGCCCAGCAAUGCUUCAAGGAAGCUAUCCAGCUCGCGGAACAGCACCUUUGGGGAUCACAUUCGCUACGGCUUUCGGUCAAGACAGAAUACGCAGCCUUCCUAUACGAAUGCGUUCACGAUGCCGAGGCUAGCCGAAGACUCGCAAAGGAAACCAUCUCGGAGGUGUAUGAGGCGACGGAAGGCAUCGACAACGACAUGUUUAACGACGCGUCGCUCUGGAAGGAGGACCCAAGUCCAGAUGUCAGAGAGAAAGCCGUUGAGGAUGCUCAUCACCACGGGAGCCAGGCGCGACCAAGCACCGUCCCAUCGCAGGGAUAUGCCAACAGACUGAACCUUCCAGAAACCUGGCUCAAUGCGUCAGUCACCGAGCAGCACGAACAACUUCGAAUCCCAGAUGCCGAUCUUGCAUUAUGACAUCAUCGCCUAUAUACUACGUAUAUCAGCCUUUUGUUGUUAUCCAUACCGAUUAAUACGCUUUAUUGGACCCACGGCAUUCUAUAUCACACGGGACAUAUAACUAUCGUCCGAGAAUCAGAAACCAUGCCGUUUUCGAC